GGACAGACAGUGUGGAUCAGUAGGGGUGGGGAUGCCGGAGUCUCUGGCAGGAUUCUGUUUUAACUGCUGAAUGACCGGAAGUGAGCAGGAUGUCUAGGCUGGACCUCUGGCUUGGCCUUUUUCUUCUGCUGACCUGCUGUGUGGGAUACUCACGUGGCUGGUUUUGGUUUGACUCAAAAGAGAAUGCAGAGUUACCGAGCACUGCAAAGCCUACAUCUGGACCUACAAGACAACACCUGAGGAGUGAAGAAGACAGUGGAGUAUCAUUACUCCAGCUGAUUGGAGAUCCACCUCCAGAUGACAUCGCUAAGAUCUAUGGACCAGACAACAGUCCUGGCUAUGUGUUCACCCCGUCCUCCAACACAGGCCAGCUAGCCCGGGCUCACCUACCCAGCCCUUUCUACCGCGACUUCUCCCUGAUCUUCAACCUAAAGCCCACCUCCACCAAGCCUGGGACCAUCUUCUCCAUCACGGAUCCUGGCCAGCAGAUCAUGUAUGUUGCCGUGAAGCUGUCCGCUGUGCAGGGCGGUAAACAGAGGGUCAUCUUCUACUACACAGAGCCCGACUCGCAGACCUCGUACGAGGCCGCCAGCUUCGAGGUGCCCUCUCUGCUGGACUCCUGGACUCGUUUCUCCAUUGGCGUUUCUGACGACCAGGUCAAUUUUUACCUGAACUGCGACGCUGACCCCCAGGUGGUCCGCUUCGAGCGCUCCCCAGAUGAGAUGGAGCUUGAAGCUGGAGCUGGUGUGUUUGUCGGCCAGGCUGGGGGAGCAGAUCCGGAUAAGUUCCUGGGUGUAAUUGGAGACCUGAAGGUCGUGGGUGACCCGCGUGCAGCCGAGCGUUAUUGUGAAGAGGACGAGGAUGAUUCAGAUGUGGCCUCUGGGGACUACGGCAGUGGUGCCCAUGAGGACAGACACCAGACAGUCUCGACCACUCCUCCAUCUUCACGCCCAAUCCAGCAGCCCCCAAUAACACACACUCAGAGGGUGGAGACAGUGAGGAAAGACUCAGUUGGUUCAAGGGGAGAAAAGGGGGACAGAGGAGAAAAAGGAGCCAAAGGAGACAGGGGUCUUCCUGGAUCAAAAGGAGACCCAGGGACCUCCUCAGGAUCCUCCUCAGGUGGAGGACGUGGAGAGAAAGGUGCCCCAGGAGAAAAAGGAAUGAAGGGCAAUGCAGGUUUUGGUUAUCCUGGCUCUAAAGGGGACCCAGGUCUUCCUGGUCCCCCGGGCCCUCCUGGCCCUCCGGGCCCCAGUGCAGAGGUUGUGGAGCGUGGAGAUGGUUCAGUGGUCCAGAGGGUGGCAGGACCCAGGGGACCCCAAGGGCCGCCAGGGCCACGUGGCCCACCUGGUCCUGCUGGAGCUGAUGGAGAGCCGGGUGACCCUGGGGAAGAUGGAAUUGCUGGAGCUGCUGGACCCCCGGGUUUCCCAGGAACUCCAGGAGAUCCUGGACUUAAGGGAGAAAAGGGUGACCGUGGUGAGGGCCCACCUGGUCCCAGGGGACCACCAGGACCUCCUGGGCCUCCAGGACCAUCUCGCUCUGACAGACCGACUUUUGUGGACAUGGAGGGCUCUGGUUUUCCUGAUCUGGAGAGUUUUCGGGGUUUGCCUGGCCUACCUGGUCCACCUGGUCCCCCUGGCCCUCCUGGGCCCCCCAGCAUUAGUGGGUCCUCGGUCUCUGGAUCAUUUGGACCCCCCGGUCCACCAGGCCGGGAUGGGGCCCCCGGGCAGCCGGGGCCUCCUGGAGUACCAGGUGCAAAUGGCAGCCCAGGACUUCCUGGGCCAAGAGGAGAAAAGGGCGAUACUGGGGAGUUGGGCCUGCCAGGAGCUGUAGGAGAGAAGGGUGCACAGGGUCCUCCAGGUUUACCUGGUCGCGCAGGAGAGCCUGGACUUGCUGGGCUCCCAGGACCAAUGGGACCUGUUGGACCCCCGGGACCACCAGGACCUGGUUAUCGUGUCGGUUUUGACGAUAUGGAAGGCUCUGGCGUUGGAAUUUUGAAUGGAGCUCCUGGAGCAAGAGGACCACAGGGGGGACAGGGCCCUGCAGGAAUUCCCGGUCUGCCAGGGAAGCCUGGUUUCCCUGGGUUACCUGGUGCAAAAGGCAGUGAGGGGCCUGCAGGAAGAGAUGGCCGGCCUGGGCUGGACGGAUUUCCUGGACCCCAGGGGCCUAAGGGAGACAAAGGAGACAAAGGAGACACAGGAGAGCCGGGUCGAGAUGGAACAGGUCUACCAGGACCCCCUGGACCUCCGGGGCCACCAGGACAAAUCAUCUAUCAGUCCUCAGGAAGUUAUGAUGGAGUUCUUGGAGGACCGGGACCUCAGGGUGGUCCUGGUCUACCAGGUCAAGCAGGUUUCCCAGGUCCUGUUGGGCCAAAGGGUGAAAGAGGAGAUCCAGGACCGCCCGGUUACAGCAUCAAGGGUGAGAAAGGUGAACCUGGAUUGGUUGUUGGACCAGAUGGAAACCCUCUUUACUACUCUGGACUGGCAGGAGAGAAGGGUGAGAGAGGACCUCCUGGACCAGUUGGACCACCUGGGCCUUACGGUCCUUCUGGUUUGAAGGGAGAAAUUGGAAUGCCCGGCCGUCCUGGUCGACCAGGCGUGAACGGAUACAAGGGAGAAAAAGGAGAGCCAGGAUCUGGUUCUGGAUAUAGCUACCCAGGUCCUCCUGGUCCCCCAGGGCCUCCCGGUCCCCCAGGUCCUUCUGUGACCGUGGACAGGUUCAAUCGAUAUGAGGAACUUGGAAGGCAGUAUCCAGCAACAAAAGGAGAGAAAGGAGAUCGUGGCUCACCAGGCCUCCCAGGAUCACCAGGAAACUUUGAUAUUUACACGUUGAAGAAUGAACUGAAGGGAGAGAGAGGAGAUCCAGGUCUGAAGGGGGAGAAGGGUGAACCCGGGGGUGGAUACUAUGACCCGCGUUAUGGAGGGGUACAGGGUCCACCUGGUCCUCCUGGAAAUCCAGGCCUCCCGGGACCCAAGGGAGACUCCAUUAGAGGCCCCCCUGGUCCCCAGGGUCCUCCUGGCCCUCCUGGGAUUGGCUAUGAUGGUCGCCCUGGAAACCCAGGCCCUCCUGGUCCGCCUGGACCUCCAGGGUCCCCUUCACUGCCUGGAGCCUACAGACCUAAUCUCCCGAUAAGUAUUCCGGGACCACCUGGUCCACCUGGCCCACCUGGACAACCUGGGCACUCUUCAGGGGUGACAGUGCUGAGGUCAUACGAUACGAUGAUUGCAGCAGCGCGCAGACAGUCCGAGGGUUCUCUGAUCUACAUUCUAGACAGAACCGACCUCUACAUCAGAGUCCGAGACGGAGUCAGACAAGUCAUGCUCGGAGAUUACCGUCCCUUUUUCGGAGAUCUGGAAAAUGAAGUGGCAGAAGUCCAGCCUCCGCCGGUUGUUCAUUACUCUCAGGACCACUCGGCCAAUAACGGGGCAGAGCAUUUCUCUCACGGCGGCUCUGCCGUUCAGCCCAUUGACUCUCCUCCUGAGCAGCCUAUUGAUAAUAACAGGAGAGAAGCUCCACAGAGCCCAGCUCAACCAGAGUCCCGGUACCCCGAUCCCAGAUACCCACCCCAGCCCGAUCCGAGGUAUCCGCCCCAGGUCGACAGGUAUAGUCCUGUCCAGCCUGACAGCCGGUACCCCGUCCGCCAACCCAGUCCUCCUGUUGUCCUGCCCUCAGGGCAUGAACACAUUUCAGGUCCAGGGCUGCAUUUGAUUGCCCUCAAUACACCUCAAGUGGGCAACAUGAGAGGAAUCCGUGGAGCAGACUUCCUGUGCUUUCAGCAGGCCCGUGCCAUUGGGCUGAAGGGGACUUUCCGAGCUUUCCUGUCCUCCAAACUGCAGGACCUUUCCAGCAUCGUACGCAAGUCAGACAGAGAAUCCUUACCCAUUGUUAAUCUGAGGGACCAAGUGUUGUUCAGCAGCUGGGAGUCUCUGUUCAAUGAGGCUGAAGGCAGGAUGAAGGAGAAUGUUCCCAUCUACUCGUUUGAUGGCAGAGAUAUCUUCAGAGACAGUGCAUGGCCAGACAAGAUGAUCUGGCACGGUUCCAGUAACACGGGUCAUCGUCAGAUGGACACGUACUGCGAGACGUGGAGGACGGCGGACCGGGCCGUGAUGGGAAUGGCCUCCUCGCUGCAGGCCGGACACCUCCUCCAGCAGACGCCCAGUAGCUGCUCCAACUCCUACAUCGUCCUGUGUAUUGAAAACAGUUACAUCACACCCUCCAAAAAAUAGAGUCUGUUAGAGUCCAAGUGAAACCAAUACAACUGUCCAAACAAACAGGACAGAUGCUCCUGCUCCUAAAAGAAAAGAAAAAAAAAAAGAAAGAAAAAAAAUUGAAAAGGAAAGAAAACAAAUGGAAGAGAAAAGUGUAAGAGAAGUGGGUUUGUUUGGCAGAGAUGGUGCCUGUUGUCUUUUGCUCUCCUCUGUAAUGCCAAAGAGCUGGGACAAACAGAAUGAUGUUUGCUUUUCUUUAGGGCAUUGGCACAUAUGUAUUUUUUUUUUUUUUUAAAUCAAGAGGUUGAACCAGAGAAAAGAAGCCGACUGAGGAGCAUUUUAAUUGUAUCCAUAUAAAAAUGUUAUAUAUAUAUGAAAUUUUGUUUUUGUGUGUUAUGUUUUGUUCUUUUUUUCUUU